GAUGAAUUUGGAAAAUGAAGAUGAAAUUUCUAUUUAUAUAUCAUCAACUCCUCUCAUGAGAGAUGAAAAGGAAGCAUUUAAGAAAACGUAUUGGUCACAAAUUGAGUAUCUUUGCAAAAACAAUGGUGUUAAUUUGAAAUUGAUUGAUCCUUGGGAAAAUUCAAUGUCCGUACCUGAUCCAAGUCAAAUUAUUCAAACCAAUCUGAAUAAAAUAUCUGGUUCACGAAUAUUUAUAGGGCUAUACGGACAAGAUAUUUCCUCCACAUAUAACGAAUCUAACGAACAAACUUUACAAUCAGCUUUCGAUAAGGCAUUAUCCGAUUAUCCUUGGAUUGGACAGUUUAGAGAUAUAGAUUUAAUUGAACUUGAAUUGAUGCACGGUUUCUUGAAUAAUCCUGAUAAAAUUCCAACUUGUAUUUGCUUUAGAAGUAGUACUACUGAGAAAAUUGAAACUAUAAGUGAACAAUCAAAAUCUAUAUUCAAUCGAUUAAAACAAGACGUAGCAAAACAUAAAAAAACUGCUUUAGGCGUUAAAGUGGAUUAUGAAUCUCCAAAAAAGGGCGCCGAAUUCGUAUUUAAAUGUAUUGAGAAACACUUGAAAGAAUACUUUAAUCACUCACAUAAGAGAUUUUCAGUGUUAACUUGCCACGAAGAUUAUUCUUUUAUUCAAUGUAAAUUACAUGUAAAGGAACAAUUCAAUCAUGACGUUUUAAACAAUUAUAUUCACAAUUCAUCUAGUGUUACACCUUUAUGCUUCGUUGGACAAUCUGGUUCGGGUAAAUCAGCUUUAUUAGCAAAUUGGAAAAAGGAUUUAUUGAAAUCCUGCGAAAAUUAUGAUGUAUUUCUAUUUCACGUUGGUUGCGAUAAUGAUACAACAAAAAUUCGAAAUAUUUUAAUUGCAAUGUAUUGUUUUCUUUGCAAAAUACUUGAAACUGAAACUAUAUUUACUCUUUUCGAGAAGACAUUUUCUAAAGCAGUUGAUAAUGUUGAAAAUACUUUAUUAGAGUAUAAAUCAAGAUUAAAGAAGAAACCAAUUAUGAUUAUAGAUGGUCUAAAUAGAAUAGAAGUUGGUUGUAAUUUCAAACCUCUUUGUUGGUUAACUGAUAGAAUGUUAAAUGGAGCAUAUUUUAUUCUAUCAACAACUCCUUCUGACGAUAAACAUAUUAAGAUAUUAUUCAAGGACAAUAAGACUUUAAGAAUUGCUAAGACACGAUUAAUGUCUAUUUUUGAGAAAGAGGAAACUAAUAAUCUUUUAUUUUAUAACCUAUUCAUGAGGGAUAUAUGCGAGAUUAGUAAAGCCUCAAUUCUGAAAGAAAGGAUAAAUGAAUUAAUGAAUGUAAAAACAAUUACUGCGUUAAUUGAACUCAUCUUGAAGAGAUUGGAGAGAAUUUUAAUCAACGAUCCAGAAAGUUUUAGAAAUAUUUUAUCCUCACUUAUUACUGUUAAAACUGGUCUACCAGAAAGUAUUUUGAAGGAUUAUUCAAAAUUAACUGAGAAUUUAUGGGAGAAAUUCUUUUAUUCAUUAAAAAUGUUUUUAAUUUCAAGAAAUGGAUGUUGGCGAUUAAAUCCACGGCUGUUUUUUAAAUAUUUAACCGAAGGAGAAAAAGUUAUGAUUAUGCAAAUAACUAAUUCAAGAUUUCUACGAAUCACAUUAUAUUUCAUUGAAGAGAUUAUUAAAGAUUAUAGACUUGGUUAUAGUUGUAAAGUUGAAGAUGCUGUAGCGAUUUGCUUAAAAAUCAGUUUAUGCCUCGAUAAACUUCUAGAUGAAACACUUACUCCUGAACUUGCUCUCUGUUGGCUUGAAUUAUUCGCAAAGGCUACUGAAUUCAAUACGGAAGCUUAUUCAAUUUUACAUGUUUUUGAGAAUGCUAAUCUUAAAAAUUCUUUAGAACUCGAUAAUCAUCUCAAGAAAUAUCUUUUAUUCGUUGAAAAGAACAAGAAUAGUCUAUCUGCAUUUGAAAUUUCUCUUACUAUUGCUGAAAUUGCAAAUUUCUAUUUCAAAAUGGAUCAGUUAGAUAAGACCGAAGAACUUUGUCUACAAUCUUUAAAGAUAAUGCAAGAUAGUACAUUCGACGAGCCUAACAUAAGAACUGCGCAAUCAUUUUUCUAUUUGGCUAAUUUAGUAUACGAAAGAGAGAAACCAAACGAAGCAGAUGAAUACUUGUGCAAGAGCCUGGAGAUAUUUAAACUAUUAGAUACAGAUAAUUCUGAAUAUAUAGGUGAUAUAUAUUAUAAAAUGCUUGAAAUUGAAAUGCACAAAAAGGAUAUAAACGAACAAAAAAUCCUAAAUCUAUGUCAAAAGACUACGUCUAUAUACAGAAAUAUCUAUGAUAAUCUUGAUGAAAAAUUCAUAAUGAUGAUAAGUAGGAUGGCUUAUUGUUUCUUUAAAAUUGAUCAAAUGAAUCUGGCAGAGAAAUAUAUUUUAGAAUUUUUUAAAUUAAAAGAAAUAGCAAUACCUGAAAUUUUUUAUCAAGAAGAUUUUAUCAAAAGAUUUGUUGAAGUUGAAAAGUACGAAACAGCUAAAACAUUAAUUUUAUAUAUAAGAAAAUCCCAUAUUUAUGGAGAUUUUGAUAUUUAUGAUGAAAUAUUGGAUUUAUGCAACAAAAAACUUGGAAACUAG